AUGACGUGUAAUGGCCCAGGUAACUCGGAAGCUUGUGCCACUCCAGACACUAACCAUGACCAGGAAUGGGCACAGGAACACUACCGACUAGAAACUUUUGUUGAAUUUCCACUUGGCUGUCCAGUUUCGGCAUCGGCACUAGCACGAGCUGGCUUUGUUUAUACUGGAGAAGGUGACAAAGUGAAGUGCUUCAGUUGCUCUACAACUGUUGAAGGAUGGGCGCCAGGGGAUUCUGCAGUUGAGAGGCACAGAAAGCUUUCUCCAAAUUGCAAAUUCAUUACUGACUCUAGUUUUCUGGAAACUAACGUACAUCCUCUUGCCUGGAACUACCAGCACAGAACUGAAAACGGUUCCAGCAAUUCAGCCCUCCCGUGUACUCUGGAUGACCCAUCUGAUGUGGAGGCAGAUUACCUUUUGAGAACGAGGCAGGUUGUGGAUAUGUCUGAUAAUUUGUAUCCUGUAAACCCUGCUAUGUGCAGUGAAGAGACAAGAUUAAAGUCUUUUCACAACUGGCCCGUGGAUGGCCAGUUGACACCAAAGGAAUUAGCUGAUGCUGGAUUCUAUUAUACAGGUGUUGGUGAUCAAGUGGCAUGUUUUUGUUGUGGUGGAAAAUUGAAAACGUGGGAACCCGGUGACAGAGCUUGGUCAGAACACAAGAGGCAUUUUCCCAAAUGCCUUUUUGUUUUGGGCCGGGAUGCUGGAAAUGUUCCAAGUGAAUCUAUUCCUGCUGAGCAUGGAAGAGGUGGUCUGAACAGUGAACAGCAUCCAAGGAAUCCAUCUAUGGCAACAUAUGGAAGACGUUUACAAACGUUUUUAACUUGGAUAUAUCCUGUUGACAAGGAGCAACUUGCUGAAGCUGGCUUCUAUAGCAUAGGUAAUGGUGAUCACGUUGCUUGUUUUCACUGUGGUGGAGUAUUGCAACAAUGGAAGGAAAACGAAGACCCAUGGGAUCAACAUGCCAAAUGGUUUCCCGGGUGCAGAUUUGUGAGAAAGGAAAAGGGGCUUGAAUUUAUAAAUAAUGUUCACUUAAGAGAUGCAUGUAGGGAUUCAACAACAGAAGCUGCUGAAAGGACAAUAUUUCCUGAAGAUGAUCUCUUACAGAAUCCUUUGGUACAAAGUGCCAUAGACAUGGGUUUCAGUUUGUCUGAGAUUAGGAACACCAUGGAAAAGAGAUUGCAGAUGUCUGGAGAAAGUCAUACAUCUGUUGAGGAUCUGGUAGCAGACUUAAGUGCUCAGAAAGAAAAUACAAGGGAAGAAGAACCAAAUGAAAUCCUUGUUGAGCGAGAUGAGCUUAUUCAAUUACAAAACCUCUAUCUCAGUACUGAAGAGAAGUUAAGACGCUUGCAGGAAGAAAAGCUUUGUAAAAUCUGUAUGGCUAAAGACAUAUCAGUCGUCCUCAUUCCCUGUGGUCACCUAGUUGCCUGUAAGGAAUGUGCUGGAGGACUUACUGAAUGCCCUCUGUGUCGUUCAGAUAUUAUGAAGAGACAGGAAAUUUUUAUGUAUUAG